CGAACUUCCAUCGCUGGUCACUCGCUGGCCGCAUGCUGAGCCGUUCGCGUAUGUCCUGUGCGCGUUCCCGGUUUGGAGAGGUCCGUGCCAUGUCCACCCGCCUAGGGGAAAAGGUGCUUUGUUUCUCAGAGCUAUAAUUCAAGAAAACUGACUAAAUGUAUCGAUGAGCGAUCAGCCAUAAAGGCCAAGCCCAGACAACCAGAACCCUGGUCUGAUCAGAACCCCUUUCUCUCCCCCUGUUGCCGACUCCCGACGCCCUGGGACCCGUCGUCGCCAUGGAGACGGUGGUGAUCGUGGCCAUUGGGGUGCUGGCCACCAUCUUCCUGGCCUCCUUCAUUGCCCUGGUGGUGGUGUGUCGACACCGCUACUGCCACCCCCACCACCUGCUGCACCACUUCAACUCCAAGUCCAAUGGACUGACCUGCUGGUUUGAAGCUAUAAAUCUAUGGAUUGAACAGAGCGACUUCACAGCACUAAGACCCAAUGUUGACCUGAUCGGUGCCAUGGAAACCCAGAGUGAGCCGUCUGAGCUGGAGCUGGACGACGUGGUCAUCACCAACCCUCACAUCGAGGCCAUCCUGGAGAACGAGGACUGGAUCGAGGACGCCUCUGGCUUGGUUUCGCAUUGUAUAUCCAUCUUAAAGAUCUGCCACACCCUGACUGAAAAGCUGGUUGCCAUGACAAUGGGCUCAGGCGCUAAGGUGAAAGCCCCAGCCAGCCUCAGUGACAUCAUCACUGUGGCUAAACGCAUCAGUCCGAGGGUGGAUGAUGUUGUGCGAUCUAUGUACCCUCCACUGGACCCCAUACUCCUGGAUGCCAGGGCCACCGCCCUCCUUCUGUCAGUCAGUCACCUGGUGCUGGUGACCCGCAACGCCUGUCACAUGUCUGGCAGUAUGGACUGGAUCGACCAAUCUCUGCACGCCGCUGAGGAUCACAUGGUGGUGCUGCGGGAGGCGGCGCUAGCGUCCGAACCGGAACGGAGUCUACCUGGAAUAGACGUGCAGAGAGAGCAGGCCAUCUAGAACACACAGACACACACUCCUUCUAUAUACAUUAUACACAUCUCGGGCACAUUCUCACACGUACACAAUGCUUGAUAAACACACAAUAAGAAAACUCAACACAUUCCCACUUUCCCGCUGCCGUUCUGUGCUGAUUUACAUAGAUGGGUUGUCAGAUAAUAGAAUAGAGCUGGUUUUAGAAACCGACAGGUGCCAGAUCCUUGUGCUAUUUUCCUCUUGAUCCUUUCACUUUUAUCAUGUUUCUGGUUUUGUAUAUAGUUAUGUAUAACCAUAAUGCAUGUUAUGAUUAGGAUCUAUAUAGGUUUUAUGUUACACUCUCAGAUUCAUAUUGUCUUGUAAGUAAAGUGCAGAGCUCACUGAGAUAGGCUUGUGUGUAGUUGUUGCCAUGGACGACUGGCCCCUUGAUAUUCAUUCCUGAGUGUCUUCCAUCUCCCAGUGGUGAGCUGUAAUCCGCCCCGUUAGGAGUGCACAGUCACAUGGAAGCUUAAAUUUAGUCAACUAAUCCAUGUGGGGGGAAAACCCUGGACACCCAAUAGGACCAAAGGCAGGGGAAAUACAUGCACACCUACUCAGAGCAAUACACGCUUACUCAGAGCAAUACACGCUUACUCAGAGCAAUACACGCUUACUCAGAGCAAUACACGCUUACUCAGAGCAAUACACGCUUACUCAGAGCAAUACACUCUUACUCAGAGCAAUACACUCUUACUCAGAGCAAUACACUCUUACUCAGAGCAAUACACUCUUACUCAGAGCAAUACACUCUUAGUCAGAGCAAUACACUCUUAGUCAGAACAAUACACUCUUACGUAGAGAAAUGCACGCUUAGUCAGAGCAAUACUCUUACUCAGAGCAAUACACUCUUACUCAGAGCAAUACAUGCUUACUCAGAGCAAUACACUCUUACUCAGAGCAAUACACUCUUGCUUAGAGAAAUACACUCUUGCUUAGAGAAAUACACUCUUACUCAGAGCAAUUCAAGCUUACUCAGAGCAAUACAUGCUUACUCAGAGCAAUACACACCUACUCAGAACAAUACACUCUUACUCAGAGCAAUACACUUAGAGAAAUACACAACUACUCAGAGCAAUACACUCUUACUCAGAACAAUACACUCUUACUCAGAGCAAAACACUCUUACUCAGAACAAUAGUCUUACUUAGAGAAAUACAGUCUUACUCAGAGAAAUACACUCUUACUCAGAACAAUACACUCUUACUCAGAGCAAAACACUCUUACUCAGAACAAUACACUCUUACUCAGAACAAUACACUCUUACUUAGAGAAAUACAGUCUUACUCAGAGAAAUACACUCUUACUCAGAACAAAACGCUGCUAUUUUUUUUUUUUUAGAACCAGGAGUCAAGACAAGACUCCGUACCAGCUGAAGGUGUUGGACGGCUUUAUGCAGGUCCCUGUUGUGUUUGUUGGGCGGAUGAACGAUUUAAUUGGCUGUUAUCGUAAAGGGAGGGUCAAAUGUGUGUGUAUGGGGGAAGGUUUCUUUGUGAGCCGUGUCAAAUGAGGUGGAGGUGAAUUUGCGUGCCUUGUGCUGACCGGUGGUGCGAUGUUAUCGGAGCAUGGCUAGCUGCCUCUCCAUGCAUGCCUAAUACCUUAGCUAGAACUGAAACCCAAGAACAGUAAUCGCAGCAUAACCCAGCUUUACACACACACACUGUCCAGCCCUAACACAGCUCACAGAGCUGCAAACACUGCACCACACACUCGAGCUUACGGAGCAACUGUAACAGAGCUCACACACUGCUAACCUAAGGAGCAACUGUACACAGUGAUACACACACUUACGCAAAGAGACCGCGUCGAUACUGUAAAUACACACAUAAGACUUUAUGGGCAAAAGCUUAGAGACAAAUCAGGCGUUUUUUUUCACAUGGUCUUUCUGAGAAGACAUGCCUUUUGUGCCUUGUUCCUUCUUAUAAUUCAAGCUCUGAAAUUCAGCCUACGAGAAGACUGCCAGUAUAACUGCAGCCUACAUCAGAUAAGCAGAGCUCUGUGAUGGAACGAUAUUGAUUAAGAUGAAACAUGAAGAAAGUGGCCACUCCUUUUAUUUUCCUGGUUUCCGUCGUUUAUUACAAUAGAUUGUUGUUGUUGUUGUAUGUAAGCAUGUUUCGUGAUGUUUCCUUACCCCUCCUCUUUUUUCAACUUUCUCUUUAUAUCCUCCAUUGAUUUGUACAGGUAAAUUAAAGUUUCAUAGGAAAAUG